AAACAAUGGCGCGAAUCUAAACGGGAAACCUCUCUCUGUGCGCUGAGGUCGGCUGUUAGCCAUGAAUGCGGAUGAACUGAACAUGACCCAAAAGGACGACCCUCCAUUCCAAGAUGGACGUUUCAACUGCUGCUCGUUCAUAAACGACGGGAACAUCUGGACCUUAGAUGACAGCACGAAACUGGUCGGAGUUCAGGUUGCUCUCAUCCUCGCUUACAGCACCAUCAUCCUGUUUGGAGUCAGUGGAAACUCCUUGGUGAUUUAUGUCGUCUAUAAGUUUAAAAACCUGCGCACGGUCACCAACUUCUUCAUCGUGAACUUGGCUGUGGCUGACCUGCUGGUGAACACGCUGUGUUUGCCUUUCACGCUUGUCUACCUGCUCUAUGACGAGUGGAUGUUCGGCCAGGUGUUGUGCUUCUUGCUGCCUUUCGCUCAAGGCAUGACGGUACACGUCUCCACCAUCACGCUGAACAUCAUUGCUCUGGACCGGCACAGGAGCAUCGUCAACCACAUGGAGACCAAGAUGUCCAAACAUAUGUGCGCCGUGGUUAUCGCCAUCUCGUGGGCCCUCAGCGCCCUACUGGCUAGCCCUCUCGCCAUUUUCAGGGAAUAUGGCUCCUUUAAUCUCUCCCCGGAGGAGUCCCUGCAGGUGUGCACCGAGAAGUGGCCGGACAGCAGUAUGAACGGAAAGAUCUACAGCUUCUCAAUGCUCGUGGUUCAGGUUGUUAUACCUUUGCUCAUUAACUCCGUUGCCUACAUCCGCAUAUGGAACAAGCUGAAGAAGCACAUGAAGUGCGGGCGCAACGACAACCAGCGAAGGAGUAAGACCACCAAGAUGAUGCUGACCAUGGUGGUGGUCUUUGCCGUGAGCUGGCUGCCUUUCCAUGCGUUUCAGUUGGCUAUAGACAUUGAUAACACGGUGCUGAAUAUGAAAGACUUUAAGCUGGUUUUCACCGUGUUCCACAUCAUGGCGAUGUGCUCCACCUGCGUCAAUCCCAUCCUGUACGGGUGGAUGAACAACAACUACAGGACGGCCUUUUUGUCCGUGGUCAAAUGUUACAGGCCCCUCGGUGUCCGAUAUAGAUCCUCGAAGAACAGAGAGAAACAAAAAGACGACGACAGGGACUGCACUGACUUCCGAUCAACAAAUCUAUAACGUCAACAGGGAAAUGUUUAUUUGCUAGCUCAAAAUAUACAGUGCCUUGUAAAACUAUUUAUGUCCCUUUCAUACAUGUGUCAUGUUACAGUCAGAAACUUCUAUAGAUGUGUUUUAUUGGGAUUUCAUUGGAUAGACCAGGGGUGUCAAACUCAUUUUGGUUGAGG